CGUCACCCAGCAGACUCUGACGUACCCCUUAAUGGCGGUGCCCUUGUUACAAUGGGGACUGUUGUUGAUCACUUAUUAGCCAACAUACUGUGAAUAACUGCGGAUUAUUCAUACAGCUGUCUGUUUUUGGGUGAUUAACUCCGACGGCUACAUGUUAAAGCAGUCCAGUGCAGCGGGUCCCUCCACCGUUGCCUCUCCUCAACCAAUGAAGGAAUCCAAGGAUAACUUAUCAAUGACUGGCCAAGCAAUUCUGGACCACAUCAAGCCAUGCUGGUACUGGGACAAGAAAGAUUUGGCCCACACCCCGUCUCAAUCUGAGGGCCUGGACCCUGGCACAGAGGCUCGGUAUCGGCGAGAAGGAGCCCGCUUCAUAUUUGACGUGGGCACAAGACUUGGCCUACAUUAUGACACUCUGGCAACUGGCAUCAUAUAUUUCCAUCGCUUCUACAUGUUUCACUCUUUCAAGCAGUUUCCCAGAUAUGUGACGGGUGCUUGCUGUCUUUUCCUGGCAGGGAAAGUGGAGGAAACCCCAAAGAAGUGUAAAGACAUCAUCAAAACAGCUCGCAGCUUACUGAAUGAUGUGCAGUUUGCCCAGUUUGGAGAUGACCCCAAGGAAGAGGUGAUGGUGUUGGAGAGAAUUUUGCUCCAGACUAUCAAAUUUGACCUGCAGGUGGAGCACCCCUACAUGUUCUUGCUGCGUUACGUCAAGCAGCUCAAAGGGGAGAAGAACAAAGUGUGUAAAGUGCUGCAAAUGGCAUGGACAUUUGUUAACGACAGCCUGUGCACCAUGCUGUCUCUGCAGUGGGAGCCAGAGAUUAUCGCAGUAGCAGUCAUGUACCUGGCUGGCCGCCUCUGCAAGUUUGACAUCCAGGAGUGGACUGCCAAGCAGUCGUCACGUCGCUGGUGGGAGCAGUUUGUCCAAGAUGUCCCAGUUGAGCUGCUUGAAGACAUUUGCCACCAGAUCUUGGAUCUGUACUCCCAGGGCAACAAGCCCAUCCCUCAGCAGAUGCAGGAGAAGGAGCGGGCAGCUGCACCUCCUGCCCCUGCUCCUCCGGCUCCACCACAGGGACAGCCCCCGGUCUCGAACCCUCCUCCCCCACCGCCAAAGAAGACUUCCCCUCAGGGUGGUAGCCCUGCACGCCAGCUCAAACGCUCACAUGCAUCCCCCAAAGAUGAACCAAAGGCUCCAGAGCAAGUUGGGUCAAAGAUUCCUCGACUGGAGAGCCCAAUGCCUCCUCUGCCUACAUCACAGCCUCCCUCAGACCGAAAAGCUCCAGCUCCAGCACCUCCCACAGAAGCCGAACCAGGAAGCGAGACUGCUCCUCCUCCCCCGCAUGCCCCACCGCCACACCAGCCUCCUCCCCUGCCCCACCGUCCUCCUCCACCCCCGCCCUCCAACUACAUCAUGUCCACCACCAGCUCCUACAUGUCCGGGGAGGGCUAUCAGAACCUGCAGUCGAUGAUGAAGACAGAGGGUCCCUCCUACGCCCCUAUGCCGCCCAGCUACGCACCCCCAAUGCCGCCAUACCACCCCCACUAUCCACCGCCUGCAGCGCCCCCUCCAGGCCCUCCGCCUCCACCUUCCACCUACCCACCACCUAGCUUGCCCCCAACCUAUCCUCCUCCAGGUUACAACAGCUACCCUCCACCACCGCCUCCACGCAUGCCACCAGGCCAUGUACCCCCUCCAGGAAUUGGCCUUCCACCUGCUGGGUACCCUCCCCCUCCCCCUGUGCCCCCAGGACAGUCACAGGUCCCCCUUCCCCCUCCGCCUGGCAUGCCCCUGAACCGUGGGGGAUGGAUGAGAUGAGAAUUUGAUAGCAGUCUAUGAACUGAGGCAGCGCAGAGCAACAACUGGUGAAGGAAAGCUCUCUGAAGAGGGAGAACAACCAGGAACUUGUGUUAUUCUGGUACAAACAAAGGAAAAGGAGCCUUUUCACCUCCAGUACAACUUCUGAUAAACACCUGCUGGGGCUGUGAAUAAAGGCUUAUCAGCAAAUAGACUUGAAAGGAAAAGUGAGGUCUGGACAGUAUUGUUAUGAGAGCUAGAGGUGGUGCUCAAAGUUUGCUGCAGGAAUCCUGAAAUAUUUUUGAAACAAGUGACAAAAACCUGCACAGGAUGGAACUUAGUGUACCCAGAUCCAGGAUCUUGUAACAAACACUGUCCAGUCAUUGUGUUUGUUUUGGGAACAUACUGGGAAAUAGUAGCACCCUGAUUCUUUUCUUUUUUUUUAGUGUUGCCAGACAUUCUUUUCCACUAAUUGUAGGGGGAUGAGCUCGUGUUUUGGUUUUCCUGAAUUUUCAGUCACCCCAGUGUUAUCCUUCUUUUCUCCACAUUCCCACUGUUUAGCUGAGAAACAGAGCUUAAUAAAAUCUUGAGAUGGUUUAACAUGCAGUAGUCAGUAUAUAAAAAGGACUGUCACUGAAAGACUUAGAAAGAAACAUGCUGUGUAUUUCAGAACAGAAAUCCUGUUAUCAAAUCAACCACGUCUAACACUGGAAAGUCUAAGGUAUAUUUGUACAUAUCUGAUCUUUUCAUUUAGACAGGUUUUUUUUUUGGGGGGGGGGGGUUUCCUAUCCAUAUGUGCCUCUUUUUUCUGUAUCCUGCACGCAGCUUUGGUUUUGUGUCUGAGUGGCACUUAGGACAAUAAAAACUUGCUUUUCCUACUUUAAACUGAGUAGUAUAUUUUCAGUGUAUAUAAGGUGAAAAUGUGUUGGUCAGUAUGUCGCAACUAGAUUCACCAUGUACAGCAGGGUUUCCCAACCUUUUUUGUCUGACAAAGCCCUACAGCUCUGUCAGAUAGGUUUCCUCAGCGCCACUCAUACAUUUACUUAAAAAAGAUUAUAAACUGGACUUUAGUGCACACUAUUAUUACUACUACUGUACAACCAUCAACUGUCAGUUACCUUUAACUAUUUCAACCAUUUAUCCAUUAAUUUUAACAAACUAUUUGUUACCCGUCAUUUUUAGCUGUUUAAACUAUUUGUCAUUACUUAAACUACUCAGACUUCUCUGCCCACUUGCUAACUUGUUUUCACACACUCAUUUGCAAGUUGUGUUAAUGUGUUAGAAAUGACUGGUUACAUUACAGCUAAAUUUAAUUUGUAAUCCUAUUUGUCUGUUUGCUUUUUCCCUUUACACAAAUGGAUGGGUUUUUUUUUAAAUAAAUAACCAAACCUAGUACUUUUUGUGAGGUUAAUUAGUUGAGGUCCCCAUGUGUCUGUACCAGUUUUGUACCAACAGAGGGCAGCCUAACUCAUCCACUAAGGAAAACAACAUGCCUGCUAAAAUGUCUGCUUCAUCAAAUAAAGACAGCACUUCACAGUA